AUGCUACGCUCAAUUCUCGCAACCUCCCUGUGCCUAGGUGGCGCGCUCGCCGCGCCCGUGGCGGAGACGACGUGCACGCGCGACUUCCUGAAGGCGCAGACGGACGCGUACGUCGCGGCGCAGGUGGCCGGCAAGCCGGACGGGCUGAAGGCGGCGUCGGACGCGGCGACGUACACGCAGAACUUCAAGGCGUCGACGCUGGCGUCGGGCAUCCUGGCGACGCCGCUGGCCGUGGCGCACAACCGCAGCACGUUCGACACGACGCAGUGCGCGACCUACACCGAGAUGAUUGUCACCGCCGGCACGCCGCACGUCAUCGGGACGCAGAUGCGCUUCGACAACAGCUCGGGCGCGCUCACAAAGGUCGAGACCCUCGUCACCUCCAAGGGCGACUGGCUCUUCGACGCGGCCGGGACGCUCAAGUACGCGUCGCAGGAGGACUGGGGCGAGAUCGCCGAGGACAAGCGCGACUCGCGCGAGGUCAUCCAGGCGGUCGGGGACGCGUAUCUGGACCUGUUCAACGACAAGAACGUCAAGGUGCCGUGGGGCACCCCGUGCGCCCGCCUCGAGGGCGGCUCGUACGUGCAGCCGUGCAGCGCCGGCAUCCCCAGCGGCAUCAAGCACGUCAACCGGAGGUACGUCAUCGACGAGGUCCUGGGCGCCGUCGACAUCAUGUUCGACUUUGCCGGCGCCGACCCCGACAGCCACGAGUUCCGCGUCGAGGGCGGGGACAUCCGCUUUGUGCAUACCAUUACCGUCAUGACUUCUUAGCUGUCGCGGCUGGUAGAGGUCGUCGGAUUGGCGGUGGGAAAAUCGGCGCGUGUCAUUGUGGAGUGUUGUAUGUAAAUAUCCUAGUUUCGAGUGUGGAAAUGCAGCGAACAGGCUGGAGUGACAGGGAGUUGGCAGCACCGAAUAUAGUUAUCG